AUGACCCUGUGGAGAGAGGAGUAUCUGGCUGCCCUGGCAGUGCGAGAUUCAAGGGAAAAGGCCAACUCUGCGCUCUACGAUGCCUAUUCCCGGCUCGCAGAUCGCACUGCCAAGCUCACCACAACACUAGAAUCCAGCACCGGUCCAGGUCGUCUGAGGUCCUCUGGCCAUGAAGCUCACACGGCUCCGCCUCCGGUAGCGCCAUCCAAGAAACAGCCGACCGACGGAUCUUCUGCCACAGACCUUCUUAACACGACCCGUGCAGAACUAUCAGCGGCACAGCGAUCCCGGGCAGAACUACAAGACCGCUUGGACAAGGUGAACGCAGAGUACGAAAAGCUGCGCAAGAGAAGUGCCCAAGAAGGCCGGCGACUUAACACCCUCGACCAUGAAAGAACCCAUUUACAGAUGCGCCUAGAGGAUAGAGACGAAGAGUUACGACAGAAAGCCAAAUUACUUGAGGAUUUCCAAGACGAGAUCGCGACACUGAAUCUACAGCUCAAUAUGGCCGAUGAAAAGACAAGCAAACUCCAACGCGAGAAUCAAGAACUUGUUGACCGCUGGAUGGCACGGAUGGGCCUGGAAGCCGACGCCAUGAACGAUGCGUCGAAAUUUUGA